AUGGUUUCCAGGCAGCGUGUGUCUUUGUUCCUCUGCUUUCUGCUACUGAUUCCUCUUUCUCUGGAUGCAGUCUUUCUAAAGCAGGAAGAGGCAAGCAGCGUUUUGCAAAGGCAGAGACGAGCCAACAGCUUCUUCGAAGAGAUAAAGCUGGGGUCAUUAGAGCGAGAAUGCAUGGAAGAAAAUUGUUCCUUUGAGGAAGCAAGAGAGAUUUACCAAGAUGACGAAAGGACAAAAGAGUUCUGGCACAUCUAUUCCGACCCCAACCAGUGUGACUCCAACCCCUGUCAGAACGGCGGGAGUUGUGACGACCAGUUUCAGGAUUACGUGUGCCGCUGUCCCACUGAAUAUGAGGGCAAAAGCUGUGAAAAAGCUGUGGCUGACAAGCUGAAGUGCAUUUACGACAACGGUGGCUGUGAACAGUACUGUACUGACGAACAGUCUCAAAAACGAGUGUGCUUCUGUGCGGACGAUUACGCUUUAGCGAGCGAUGGCGUGUCCUGCAUUCCCCAAGUGAAAUACCCAUGUGGAAAAAUACCAGUGCUGGAGAAAAAAAAUGCAAUUGCACGAGGGAGAAUAGUAGGUGGUCUCAUCUGUCCUCCAGGUGAAUGUCCGUGGCAAGCCCUUCUAAUACAGAAUCAGCAAGAAAAGUGUGGCGGUACGCUGCUUUCCCCAGAGUGGGUGGUCACUGCAGCUCACUGUUUGGAGUAUGUCGAUCCUGAACAGCUUCGGGUGAGACUGGGUGAACACGCAAUAAAUUACGAUGAGAAAACUGAGCAAGAAAGUGGAGUUGCCAGGAUGAUCAUUCAUGAAGGAUACAUAUAUGGACAAGUCAAUAACGAUAUUGCCCUCCUGAACCUGGAAACACCCGUGAAUCUCACUGACUACGUGGUGCCAAUAUGUUUGCCUGAAAAACGGUUUGCAGUGUAUGAACUGUCCUCCAUCAAGUUCUCCAGAGUGAGCGGAUGGGGACGCCUACUAGAUGGAGGUGCCACCUCUUCUGUUCUGAUGAGAGUUGAUUUGCCACGGGUAAAGACACAAGAAUGUGAAAAGGAGACCGAUUUAAAUAUUACAGAGAAUAUGUUCUGUGCAGGAGACCUGACGGGCGUUAAGGACUCCUGCAAGGGAGACAGUGGUGGACCUCAUGCUACAAAGUACAAGAACACUUGGUUUCUGACUGGGAUUGUCAGCUGGGGAAAGGGCUGUGCUGCUAAAGGCAGCUAUGGGGUUUACACAAGGGUAUCCAAAUAUAUUGACUGGUUGAAGAAGCACAUGGAUUAA